GCCCGGUCCAGAGCGGCUCCGAGCGCGCGCCCUGCGGCCGCCGCGAUGAAGAUCUGGAGCUCGGAGCACGUGUUCGGCCACCCAUGGGACACCGUGAUCAAGGCUGCCAUGCGGAAGUACCCGAACCCGAUGAACCCGUGCGUGGUGGGCGUGGACGUGCUGGAGCGCGGUGUGGACGGCCGGGGGCGGCUGCACAGCCUGCGCCUGCUCAGCACCGAGUGGGGACUGCCCAGCCUCGUGCGAGCGAUUUUGGGAACCAGUAGGACUUUGACAUACAUCAAAGAGCAUUCUGUUGUGGACCCAGCGGAAAAGAAAAUGGAACUUUGUUCCACCAAUAUCACACUCACAAAUUUGGUGUCAGUUAAUGAGAGGUUGGUGUAUACACCCCACCCAGAGAACCCUGACAUGACCGUGCUCACACAAGAAGCCAUCAUCACCGUGAAGGGCAUUAGCCUUGGCAGCUACCUGGAAAGUUUAAUGGCCAACACGAUAUCGUCCAAUGCCAAGAAGGGUCGGGAGGCCUUGGAGUGGGUGAUCGGCCGCCUCAACGCAGACCUGGACGACCUGGAGGACCUGUCGGUGCAGAGCGCCUGAGACUGCAGCCACCCAGAGGGCCCGAGCGGAGCUGGCCCAGCACGGCGAGUCGCCUGCACCUGCGCCUGCAUUGUGAGGGUGCUUGUGGCCGCAGGCUGGGUCUGCCUGAAGACCCACGGGGGCAGGAGGAAGGCAGUGAUGCACUACCUCGUCCUGGCUCUCACUGAUUUAGCUUCCGUGGUGGGAAGGUUUCUUUUCUUUCUUUGUUAUUUUUUAACUGAGUAGGACGUUAUUUUAAUUUGCCCUGAGUCUGGAAUACCCAAAUGAAGGCAAGGGAGCACUCAUCUGGAGCCCUGCCCCGGGGGCGAGGCUGCCUCACCUCCCUGGCUGUUUUUGAAGAGAUGCUGUUGGAGAUUCCUCCCCUGGGGUCCUGGGCCGGUCUUGCCCCAACCCCCACCAGCAGAGUCCACCUCCCCCCACGCACACCUGCCAUUGCGGACCUAUAGGGCAGCUUGGGCCCUUGCUGGGGCCAGGGGCCUUAAGCUACAGGUGUGCCCCAUUUUUUCUUGUUUUCGAAUUUCAUUAUCUUCCAUGGAUCCCACAGCUUGGCUUUAAUUCAGGAGCUAGAUUUUUUUUUUUAUUAUAUGUGCACAACAAAUAAUGCAAAAUAUCCCCAUUUCCUUUUUGUUUUGGAACACGAAAUGGGAUGUAGUCUCUCCUUACUUGUGUCUUCACUGAAGGAGGCGUGGGGGAGUGGCGUGGAUGCUGUGCUGUCCACUGAGGUGCCUUGAGCACCUGCCAAUUUGCUGUCUUCAGCAUGUGGGGUGGCCUGGAACCGGGCCCACGUGGAUGCUGAGAGACGCCCAGGAGAGCAGCCGAGAGCAAGCUCAGAACUCAGCCUGGCCUUCAUUUGGGUCCCGUGAGUUUGGCAGAAGCGGGAGCUGAGCACACCAGCUACUGUGUCAACCCCUCCCACAAGCCGGAAACUGUUCAAGAGGAACCUGGCUUGCUUUAUAAAAAGUUUUAUUUAAUUGAGAAGCAGAGAGACAGUUCCCAUCUGCCAGUUCCCUCCCCAGAGGCCCGCAGCAGUGGGGGCUGGGUCACCGCUGCUGCUUCCAGAGGUCAGAAUCGUGAGGAAGCUGGACCAAGAGCUGGAGCUGGGACUCACAGCCAGGCACUCUGGUGGAGGACUUGAAUGUCUUGGCUGGCACCUUAACCACAGGACCACCAGCCACCCCGAGUUCUCUCUUAUAGGUGGGUUUUGGGAGCCUGUCGACCUUCCAGGAGCCUGUGCCCUGGGGCUUUGACCUUGGUGGGGUGGCCUCUGUGGGGGCAGUGCCAGGAGCGCUUUGAGAUCAGCCUGCCUUCCCUGGAGGAAGAGGGGUGGAACUGCCCACCCCCUCCUGCCAUUUGGCAUUAGAAGCAAACAUUAGAGCAGCGUUGGAUUUGAGCCAGUGGCUCUUUGACUUCUAAGGAAUGGAGAUCCUUGCCUGUGGCCUUUCUACCCCCACAUUUCGGAAGGGGCGGUGUCUCUGCUGUGAGCCCCGCCCCCGGAGUCAUCCUGUGCAAAUCUCUGUUACGGCUGAGCCUGGGCGCACGCCCACUGUGGUAAGAGGAGGUUUUCGCAGGCCCUGGCAUAACUUCAUUCUCCAAAGGGAGGCGGCUAAGGAAUCAUUGCUGGCGGCGAGGUGGUUGUCUGGGGUGCAUGAGCAAGCCCGGGCAGGUCCCGUGACUGUCACGCUUUGGGUUCCACAUCUGUGAAAUGCGGACACUAACCCUGCCCGGGGCUGAGCAAACCACACAGCAGGUACAGCACCCUGGUGCUGGCAGCGUGGGCACCCAGCUCCUGGUGCGGUCAUUACCAGUGGAGGCCAGCCGCUCAGGCUGCCUGGUGGCUGGGGGGAGAUCACCAGGUGAUUGUUAAGCGAGGGUAUUUUUAAAAGCUUUAGUCCUAGGAAGAGUUAACUGCAGUAAAACUGUAUCUCGUGACUGGUGGGCAGUGGUCCUGGUGUGGCCCAGCUUGCUGGGGCUCUGUGACCCGGGGCGGGGCUGGCCGCCCACAGCCUGCACCUGUUUCUGUUCAGCCCGUGCCAAGGUGAUCCGUGUGUUUCUACAGGGUUGUAAAUGCCCCCCUUCGGAAGGACAUGUGACGGAGAGUGAUGGGGUCCCAGAGCCUGCCGUAUUUACAUUUGGUCCUUUCCAGAAAGCUUGUCGACCCCUUGCUUGGGGAUCCCUCUGCAUUUCUGGGUGCACUUGAACCCAGCAGGACCCGUUCCCCCACAUCCGACUUCUCGCCUUUCCCCAUUUCUAGCUAAUGCUGCCUCUGUUCCCCACAUCGCGGCGAAACUGCGCUCCUGCUUCCUCUGUUUGGCAACACAACAGUCCCUUCAGGUCCCAAGCCAGCUCUAGCUCUGACUGCCCUGCUCUGCUCUGGGCUUACGGCCUGGGGUAGCCACUUUCACGAUGGCCCUGGGGAGCUGUGCCUGUGACCUUGCUGUGCCCGUGAUCGUGGAAUCUGAGUGUGCUGGCGAUGGUGGCGUGUGACUCCAGUGGCCGGGUCAGAAGGGACACUGCGGGUUAGGCGGGGCUGGCUCUUGCUCUCCUCACUGUCUCACAAGGACGCUCAGGAGCCCUCCAGGGAGGCCCUUGCGGCCAGCAGCCACAUGAUGGCCCCACCUCAGGGCACCACAGAACCUUGUGAAAUAAUAAACGUUUCUUACUUCAAGCCACAGUUGUGCAGUGAUUUGUAAUUCAGCAAUAGUAACUAGUACGUCAC